AGACUGAUCAUGAUGACUACGAUGACAUGUUGAUAACGCUAUAAAUACAUUCUAUCCAAGCUUCCAUCGGAACUACCAUCGUUCCUGGAUAACACUCCGGCAUCGUGCGAGCUACGGGCAGCAUAUGUGCAACACGUCAUCUCUAAGACUCUGACCUACCGGAUCUUCCACCCCUUCUUGUUCACCCUGGGGCGCCGGUACGACAAGGCCGAUACGUUCUUCCAGAUGCUGUCGAUGGAUAUCCGACGCAAGUCGGUGAGACGGGAGGCUUUCUGGCGGCAGCAGACGCUGAAGGCAGCUUACACCACCUCGGAUGCCAAGCAGUCGAUCAACGUGGUAGCUGCUGUGAUUGUCGACGAAAUCAUCGAUCAGCUCAAGCAUUUUGCGGACCCCCGGAACCUGGAUUCUCUGCUCAUUAGCGUCCGGAAGAUCGUCAAACUUGCGGCCGAGACCUGGAGACUUGCGCGUGUUGAGCGAGAGUUGAUUCUGGCCUCGCUCCCGGCCCCGGACACCGAUGCCGUCUCGAACGACGAUUGGGAAGAGUACGGCACCCCCAAGGAAGGCAGUCUCAGCUCCAAGGACGAUCCCACGCGCCACGUUAUUCUGCGAACCUUCCCCCGAAUCCUUCGAGAGGCGGCCCACGAAGACUUCGCUGGCGAGGAGGAGAAGUUCAGCCCUUGCACCUACUCCCGAGGCUGUGUCCUGUACUCCGACUCUCCUGUAGUCAUGGCCCGGCUGCAAGAACUGUCGAAAAAGUCCAACGAGGCUCUGACAGGAGAGGACUCGCCUCGCCGUGGCUCAAGGGGCUCGAUCCGGUCCGAUCGGCAGUCGCCCUCCCCUCGACGGAGUCGGGGUGAUUGAUUCACCGGGGCCUUCUGGGGAAAGUAAUGUGAGUGACUCUGUCGAUCAAGACCUGUUUGAAUAACCCGGUUGUUUUGAAUACCUUGUUCUUUGCACAUGUUUUACUU